GGUCAUGUGGGUAUUACACCAAAUGAAAUAGUAGAUAAGCUGGCGAAAGAGGCAAUUCAGACAGGAAAAGUAAUCAAAGAUCUGGUCCUUCCGAUGGGUGACUUUGUCAGCCAUUUAAAAUGUGAAAUGACAUCCUUAUACAAAGCUGAAGUAGAACAAAGCAAUAAAGCAAGAUGGUAUAGGGAUGUGCAGCGGGACCUUCCUAUGGUCCCAUGGUUUAAGAAUGCUAAGAUAGGAAGAAGUAAACUAGUCACAAUAAUUAGGCUAAGACUGGGUCAUGCACAGGUAAAUGAAACUUUAUUCAGAAUAAACUGCUACUUUACUGAAAAAUGUCUCAAGUGUACAUUGAAUGUGAAAGAAAGUCUUCAGCACCUAAUCUUUGAAUGCCCAACAUAUGAUAGCUUCAGAGAACCAUUAAUACAACAUUUAAAGGAAAAGAAAGUAAGGCCACCAUUCUAUCUCAAAGAGCUGUUGGGUCUGAAUCCUUUUCGGAGUAGAAAGUCGCCUGGAGGACCUCAGGCGUGAAGAAAGUCUGAUCAGUGGGCCCCAACCAUUUCCAUUGAUCCUGUAACCUAAAAGCCUUUCCUAUAGCUU